CCCAUCACCCAUAUACCAAUUAUUCCCUCUAACUUUCUCUCAAACAUCCACCAAAACUUGAAUCAUAUAGUUAACAAGACAAUGGGUGCAGGAGGAGUGGGGGACCCGUUCAUCGUGAGUGUCAACAAGAGGGAGGUGGUGGCUGCGGUGCUUCCAUUGCAAGAGUAUUGGCUUCCACUAUCCAACCUCGACUUGCUUCUUCCUCCUGUGGACGUGGGUGUGUUUUUCUGUUACGAGAAAAACGUGCGCAACCUGACGUUUGAAUCCAUGGCUGGCGUUCUGAAGAAGGCCUUGGCGCAAGUUCUGGUAUCCCAUUAUGCGUUUGCUGGCGAGGUGGUGCAGAAUUCUGUUGGUGAGCCUGAGAUUCUCUGCAACAACCGUGGGGUGGAGUUUGUUGAAGCUUUUGCAGAGGUAGAGCUUAGAGACCUCAACUUGUAUAACCCUGAUGACACCAUUGAAGGCAAGCUUGUGCCGGAGAAGAAGCACGGAGUUUUCGCUGUCCAGGCUACUGAGCUCAGAUGCGGUGGGUUGGUGGUGGCGUGCUCGUUUGACCACCGAGUAGCAGACGCCUACUCGGCCAACAUGUUUCUUGUCUCAUGGGCUGAGGUGGCUCAGUCUAAACCAAUCUCUGCUCCACCAUCUUUUCGCCGAUCUCUACUCAACCCUCGACGCCCCGGCUCCAUUCAUCCCUCCUUGGACGAUAUGUACAUCCCCGUAACCGAACUACCACCUCCCAAACAUCCACAACCUGAUUCCGAUCAUCUCAUCAGCCGCAUAUAUUAUAUUACGGCCGAACAACUCAGCCAGCUGCAAUCUCUAGCCAGCACCAAGGGCUGCCGGAGAACCAAACUAGAGUCUUUCAGUGCAUUCUUGUGGAAGAUGGUUGCCAAGUCGGCUAUUGCUCAAAGUGCAGACAAAAAGAUGACUAAAAUGGGCGUUGUUGUUGACGGAAGGACAAGGUUGAUUGAAGGAGACGAACAUAAAGCUUCACUCAUGGGCUCUUACUUUGGAAACGUGCUCUCCGUACCCUACGGCGCCGAGCAAGUGGAUGAGCUUAAUGAAAAGCCAUUGGAGUGGGUGGCGGAUAAAGUUCAUGAAUUCUUGGAAGGUGCGGUGACAAAGGAGCAUUUCUUGGGGCUCAUAGAUUGGGUGGAGGCUCACCGUCCGGUGCCCGGUUUGGCAAAGAUAUAUUGUAACGGGAGCGAAGAUGGACCAGCUUUUGUGGUGUCGUCCGGGCAGAGGUUCCCGGUGUGUAAGGUGGAUUUCGGGUGGGGUAUGCCGGGUUUUGGGUCGUACCAUUUUCCGUGGGGCGGGGAUGCCGGGUAUGUGAUGCCGAUGCCGAGCCCGACCGGGAAUGGAGAUUGGGUGGUGUACAUGCACCUGUUGAGAGGGCAGGUGGAGUUGAUAGAGGCUGAGGCUGCCCAUGUGUUUAGACCCUUGACAUCUAUUUAUCUCAACUUCGAUUAAAUCCAAACUAAAUUAUAAUAUUAAUUAAGUUAUGCUUUAAAUGUAUUGCCGUUCAGUUUAGAGUGCUGUAAAAUAUUGUGUAUUUCUGCAAUUAAUUUGUCGUUGAAGUAAUCUGUACCUUAAUAAGCCUAGUUUGUCAACUCUUUCUUUGGGGGUGUUUUCAUGUCUUUAUCAAAUGGAAAACAACAACUUGGUUGUUAAUUUUUUAA